AUAUCAGACCUUUAUGUGCGCGCCGAACAGCUUAUAGACUCGGAAUUCGUCAAGGCCUACUGGUCUCGUGGAUUUCCCCCGGCUUUCGGAGAAAGGAAGAAAUCUGGUAUGGUCUUAAACCGUGGUACUAUUUCGCCUCGGAAACUUCGCGUUUAACAGGGUAACAUAAGUCAACCGGGCUGCAAUCCCGAGUCACGCAUAUCUUGCAUCAAACAGCGUUAUAAGAAAAAAAAAGGAAGAAAACCACCUCCAUAACUAUUACGUGGUUACUGUUCUCGGCCUUCGCCUUGGCGCCCCAAAGCGUCUGUUAACGUAGCAUGGCAGAAGACCGUCGGUAUAUAGGACAGCAACCAAGACACAACCAAAACGACGAAUCUCAGUAUCCACCAGUUCCUGGUGAAGAAGACGAUCGUACGAGAACAAUUGCGUACCAUACCCGGCCACAAAUGGCGUCAGGAGCAGUAAGAUUGCCCUCCAUGCAAGAUUCUUAUAACCAACCCACCGGUGCCAGAGGUUGGGAUCCAAGAAGCAGUAGCUACGGACCUUCGCCUAGCUCUACAAAUGGAUAUCCUCCGCCGCUCACCACACCGGCACCUCCAAGCACCGCCUACUCCCCGCCGACAGGUGGAAGCGCCUAUCCUCCUCCAGGCUCCAGCCACCCACCUUAUCUUCCUCCAGUUCAUACGCCAGGUCCGGAUCCGAGAGCCAGCUAUCCACCCCAAGAUCCAAGAUCGCAAUAUUUUGCGAAUUACAGCGCCCCAAAUCCUUACGAGUUCGGAUAUCGAACUGACCGCGGCGCCUCAGGGGCAUAUCCCCCUGACUUCCCAAGAGGUGGACCUGUAGGAGCUGCUGUGAUGCAACAGUCUGCUCCUCGACAGCGAACUUCGAUUGCUUGCAGGUAUUGCCGAAGAAGAAAGAUUCGUUGCAGUGGAUAUCAAAAUUCUCCUGGAGGAAAAUGUACAAACUGCAUUAAAAUGAACCAAGAAUGUGUUUUCCAGCCGGUAUCCUCUUCCUCAUCUACGGCUUUCGUUCCUGUUUCAGCACUACCUAACGGCAUUCCGCCGGGUACUCAACUAUUUGGUGCAUAUGGUCAACCACUGGCAGGUCCAUCCAGUGUUCCCGCGGGCGGUGCCUAUCCAGCAGCAAAUCAACAAUACGAUCAGCCAUUACCAUCGCCUACUAAUUCAUACGGUUCUUUUUCGGAGGAAAGAUCUGAUACGGGAAGGCGACGACCAAGACCUGUAGAUGAUGAGCAUGGAGUGCGCUUACCACCUCCGAGCACGUUCCCCGACGAUAAUCCCCGACGACGAUCUCCUUCGUCCACCGGCAGCCCGAGUCACUUGCAGCCGUUAUCGCAACUGCAGCCCCAGCCGGUGUCAUAUGCUGGGUACGAUAGCAGAACGCCGCCACCAAGAGGCAGCCCACCCGGUCCUCCUGCAAUACAUCAGCAUCAUAAUGCGAGUUCUGUGAUGAGUCUAGAGAACAUAAUGGGCACUGGUCCUAGUCCCAGCAACGAUAUCGAUCAGAAAAUGCUAGGACGGUUAAAUCGACGAACUUAGCGAUGGGGAUAUCGGUUUCCCGCAGCGUGGGUGCGGCGGAGGAUCAGUGGCAACUCGUUUUACAAAAGACCUUAAAAGGGAUCGGAAAAUUAGAUGGCUGCUGGCGGCUUGUUCGAAUGACGAAUCAGCGAUGAUUUAAGGGAUAUCUGAAUCAGUUCCCAGUCUAUGAGGAUAGUGCAUCUUUAGGCAGCAUUUG